GUAUCGCAUCGCCACUCCACUCGCAAGUAUCGCGGACGCGCAAACGACCAUGCGAAAAUAUUGCAACCACAAAUCUGGAACUUUUUACACAAACGGUUAAGGAAUCUCUAACCAUAAACAACACAUCUUUCGGAAUUAAUAAUAAAAUACCCAGUCAAAAACGCAACCAUCGUUGGAAAUCAACAAUUCUUAGUCAAAAUUCUAUUCAGGAUCGGAGUCCGCGCAUACGAUAUCUUCAAAACACUGGAUUAUACCAUAUACUAAAUAGAAACUGCAAUAGAACCAGCCAGCACCACAUUUGGAAAAUCAAACAAUAGAAUCGAAUCAAUCACACAACACAAUUGUCAGCAGAGUAAAACUUGUUAGUGUUAAAACGUUUAAGCAAAACAUUUGCCAGUUUUUGUUUAAGUUUUUCUUUAUUUGCUACAUUUAAUAACGACGGUAAAUCUUUGAUAAUAUUCUCUACUAUGGUUAAGUGUUCAAGCCAAUUACGCUUUUAAUGUUAACCACUAAUUUUAAAAUAUAACAACGAAUCGAACGAACGCAGUCAAAACGGCAUAAAACUUGUACUAAAUCGGGUUACAAAGUAUCUAUGGCCACGCGUUGCAAACUGUAAAGCGUACGCAAAAUGCAGCGACAUGUCUGGAAAUGCAUUAAAAUCAAAUACAAAAUCUAUAAAUAUCUAACAAGUGAAACAAACACAACCUAAAACAAAGUAAAACAAAAAAAAAUCAACGAAAAGAAGAAAAACACAGUUUUAGAAUAUAUACAUAUAUACAAGAGAGCAAACAACUAAAAGUGCAUACUCAGUGUUCAGUGACAAACUAUGAUCAUCAAGUGAGGCGAACUGAAAACAAUUUAAAUUAUAUAAUUAACCAGUUAGAGCAAUCAACGUUUUGCCAUCAGCGACUGCGUUCGCCCACAUUCGCAAUUUACCUUUCGAACGGUUUCGGAUUGCACCCGAUUGGAUCGCCCCAAUAAAAACCACGAAACGCAGUCGUCCGAGACUUUCCAAAAUUCGUAAUAGCUAAAGGAAAUUUAAUCAAAAUUAGCCCAGAUACUACUACCUGAUUGGCAGCCUGCCUGCAAGCUUUACGUAACCCGCAGAGCCAGGGAAAGUGCAUCCGAAGCUUUUGCAGCGGCUCUGGAUCGCCGAUCGAGGCUUCAAAGCUCCACGCGGGGUAUACGCCCCAUGCGAAAUAAAACAGCAAGAAAAAACACAAAAACGCAGCUGAGGAAAGAGAACUGAGAGUGCAACUGCAUCGGCCGAUCGACGAUCGGGAAAGCCGAGCGCUCGUAACUUGUUCUCCGAGCCUUCGUGCACUUCCUGUGCCGCGCUGCUCUGAUCGACGAUCUGCAGCCACAGCCCCCAGCAACAGGCGAUCAGUUCACUGGCGAAUGCACCGCUGAUUGCAAUUACUGCAGAGCUGCAUUCCUGCUCAGAAAGAGAGAGCCACGAUCGGAUUGGAUCGGACUGGAUCGGUGUGAUCUACUGUACUCUCCGUCGAGCAUCGCACUACGCACAUUGCACACUGCACAUCUCGGUAUCUCCAUAUCUCCGCCACUCUCGAUUCUUCGGAUCGCAACGCAACGUGUCGGAAAAGCGCGAAAGUGGCAAUUAAUUUGCAACAAACACCCAUUGUAGUCGAUAAGUGCGGUCAAGUGAAUCUAUGUAUAACUAAUCUCCAGUGAAGUUCUUGAAUAGUGCAAAAACGUAACUGAAACCCAAGCUGAAAACACACAUUCGCAUUAAUUCGCAUAAAUAUAGCUUAGCACAUUUUCGGAUUAAAUAUCUACAGCACCCAUUGGAUACAUCAUCAUCGUCAUCAUCAUCACCAGCUGCAACAGCGCACCCCACUCACUUGGAUACACAGCGCCUGAGAUACUCUCCACUCGGAAGUUGCAGCAACAAUUCGCUCGAAAAUGGCGGAAGGUAAUGGCGAACUGUUAGAUGACAUUAACCAGAAAGCCGAUGACCGUGGCGAUGGCGAGCGUACAGAGGACUAUCCCAAGCUGCUGGAAUACGGUCUGGACAAGAAGGUCGCCGGCAAACUGGAUGAGAUCUACAAAACUGGCAAGUUGGCUCACGCCGAGCUGGACGAGCGCGCCCUGGAUGCGCUCAAGGAGUUUCCCGUCGAUGGUGCCUUGAAUGUGUUGGGACAGUUCCUGGAAUCGAACCUGGAGCACGUGUCAAACAAGUCCGCCUACCUAUGCGGCGUGAUGAAGACGUACCGCCAGAAGAGUCGAGCCAGCCAACAGGGCGUGGCCGCGCCCGCAACUGUCAAAGGUCCCGACGAGGACAAGAUCAAGAAAAUCCUCGAGCGCACCGGCUACACAUUAGAUGUGACGACAGGUCAGCGUAAAUACGGCGGACCGCCACCGCACUGGGAGGGAAAUGUGCCAGGCAACGGUUGCGAGGUUUUCUGCGGCAAGAUACCCAAGGACAUGUACGAGGACGAACUGAUUCCGCUCUUCGAGAACUGCGGCAUAAUCUGGGACCUACGCCUCAUGAUGGACCCGAUGACGGGCACAAAUCGUGGUUAUGCAUUUGUCACAUUCACAAAUCGCGAAGCGGCCGUCAAUGCAGUGCGACAGCUCGAUAAUCACGAAAUAAAACCCGGCAAGUGUCUAAAAAUAAAUAUAAGCGUACCGAAUCUGCGCCUUUUCGUAGGCAAUAUUCCCAAGUCAAAGGGCAAAGAUGAAAUUUUAGAGGAAUUUGGUAAACUUACAGCUGGCCUAUACGAGGUAAUCAUAUACAGUUCGCCAGAUGAUAAGAAAAAGAAUCGCGGCUUUUGCUUUCUUGAGUACGAGUCACACAAGGCGGCGUCUUUGGCCAAACGAAGACUUGGCACAGGAAGAAUUAAGGUUUGGGGAUGUGAUAUAAUAGUCGACUGGGCCGAUCCACAGGAGGAGCCGGAUGAGCAAACUAUGUCCAAGGUUAAAGUUCUUUAUGUGCGAAAUCUGACCCAGGACGUCUCAGAGGAUAAACUGAAGGAACAAUUUGAGCAAUACGGAAAAGUGGAACGCGUUAAGAAAAUUAAAGACUAUGCCUUUAUACACUUUGAGGAUCGUGAUAGCGCCGUCGAAGCUAUGCGUGGCCUUAAUGGCAAGGAGAUCGGCGCCUCGAAUAUUGAGGUCUCUCUAGCCAAACCCCCCUCGGACAAAAAGAAAAAGGAGGAGAUUCUGCGUGCUCGUGAGCGCCGCAUGAUGCAAAUGAUGCAAGCGCGUCCCGGGAUCGUGGGAUUUGAAACCUUGUCUCCAUACAGAAACCUGUCGCCGACACAUCCUAGCAUAAUGUCCUUGACGCCCAUGCGCCCAGGGGCGCGCAUGCCGCUGCGUACGCCGAUACCUCGCGAAUACGACUACUUUUACGACUUCUUCGGUUUCUCGGACUAUCGCCAAGGGUACUUUGGCAACAAUGAGUCCUACUACGAUGACAUGUACCGCUCUUUUGAUGGGGAUUACAACUACUAUGAUUACCCGAACGGUGGCGGCGGGGCCAGCGGGGGAGGAGGAGGAGGUAGUGCGUCCGGCGGUACGGUGCCUCCGCUCUCGGCCGGCGGCUCCCAGAAUUCACCGCUGGCUAGUGGACAGCGAUCGGCCAGAGGAUCGGCCAGUGGUCCCAGUGCUUCCCCGAGCCUUAUGGGAGUUGGUCGUGGGCAUGGAAUCACAGUACCGCGUGGCAGAGUCGUUGGCCAACGUGGCAGCAUCAGUCGUCUGGGGGCCCAAACAGUGCCACAGGCGGCGGCAGCGGCAGCGGCGGCGGGACAGGCGGCGGCGGCGGUAGCUCAGCGGGGGGCCACCGGUCAGGGGGCGCCGGCAGCAACCGGGGGGGUCCGUGGGGUGGUGCCAACGCGUCCCAGCGCUCGUGGCACCCAGCACGUCAAGCCGCUACAAAAUUUACCAGUAGUCGGUAAACGUAAGUUCGAUGGAGGUCACCAAAAUCCGGCAGAUGUUAAGCGACGUUACCCGAGCGGUUUAAUAGGAAAUGGCGGCAGUUGGGGCAGUUUACCGCUACCACAGCAACCUUUAGGCACCAAUGGUGAACAGUGGUACAUGGAUACGUUUUCGGCAUGGAGUUAAAACCACACAGCAACCCAAUUGAAUCAGUAAAAGCAUCAUUAACGGCAACUACAACAACAACAGCAACCACACAAGGAAGUUACAGCCAUAAAAAAAAAGAAAUAACAAUAUUCUCCGAGCGACAUCCUGGAGAAGAAUCGAAUCCUUCGCGUCAUAGUAAAAAACACAUAGCAACCGUUCUUAAGAGCAAUAAAUUUAAUUUCCAGAAACAAUAUAUAAGGCAUAAGAACCGCAAUUAGCAACAAUUGAAAAGCAUUGUUAAAGAGACUCGUUUCGAACUUAGUUCUUUAGCUAUGAACGCCGUAGAUUUCGUCCCUCAAAAUAACCAUAAAUCAAGUCAAGAAAUCAGCAAUAGCAGCAACAAAAAUAUGUCGAGUAGUAUAUGUAUUGUAUUGUAUGUAAUCACUAAAUAGCCCUUGCAGCAGAGCAUUUUAAACGAAAUCCUUUGAUUUAGCGAAACCACAAUUUAGCAGAUUCUCCCGAGACAUUUUUAAAAAGCGUCAGCCUCACCACUUAGAUAAGCCAAAGUCAAAUCGUUUUAAAAGUUCACAAGUGUAUAAGGAAAUUUGUCUCAUAGCGUUUUUAACUCGAAAUUGAAACAAUAAUUGAGCAUAUAUAGCAAAACCUAUACGAAAAUUUCAAAGUAUAAAAUAUAUUUAUCUAUAACUAUAUAGAGAGAGCAGUCUAAGCCCGUACAGAUUGAUUUUAAAUCUUAAGCAGCAUGUAGCACCCUUUUAUACAUUGAAAAAAAAGAAAAACAAUACGAAAGCAGGCAAAUUCAAAAUCAAUUCGACUCGAAGACAUUUUACUACAUUUAUAUGCGUACUGGAAAAUUGCGAACGCUGAAGCAAGAUACAUAUUUGAAAACACAUAUAGACAGACGAGAUCGAGAUCGAGAUCAGGCUCAGAGGCGCGUUUAAAAGCAAAGCUUAGUGAGGAACAUUGACUGACAAAGUAAAAAGUAAACAAAAACAACAAAUUAUUAAUUAGAUGGAAUGUGAACGAUAAGCAAAUACAAAAAUUAAAACGCAGCCAGCAUUGUUAUACAAUGCGACUGGCGACGGCAACUGGCAAGACUUUCUGCAUAAAUUUGAAAACCGACUAUUUUUUAACAACGUAAGUUUUAGGCAACUUCGAAAAUCAAUUAUCUGUCGCAAGUAAACAAAAGAUACGAUACGUAGAGCUAAGUAUUGCACACAUACAAACAAAACUACACCUAAACUCACUGAUAAUACUGAUAACUGAUAGGGCAGAUCAAAAUCGCAAAUCAACACAAUGUGACUAAUGUCUGCGAAUCGAAGCAACGAAUUAGGAUGACGGAGUAGACAAAACACACACACAUCACGAACCAGUAAAAUAACAAACCUAAAGUAAAUUGAUUAUAAAUUUUAACAACACUAACGCAUACUUAAUAUUAACACGUGAGAACUAAAAACCAUAAAAUCAAUUAGCCAACGCUCAAGUGCGAAUUAGCAGAAGACCUAAAACAGCUAGGAAUUCAAUUAAAGUCCUCUUAACUAAUAUCAAAUUCAGAUUAAACUCUUUUCCCACUUUCCUUUACUCAUCUAUAACUGGCUACGCACACAGAAAACACUAAGGAUUAACUAAAAAUAUAUCAAGCUGACUUGCAAACUUAAACUAGCUCCAUGCCUAAAAAAUUAAAGCCACACACGUGUCAAAAUACGUUUAUAAUCGUCGUAUAGGGAAAAUUAUUGAAACAAACUUGCCCGUUUUCUGUUCUAUUUUGCAAAAUUUCGACAACAAAAUUGUUUGGUUGAAGAACGAAGAAUCCUGUCGUUUACGUUUCCGCUAUUGCUAGAUCUCAAGUAAAGCAAAAAGUUAAUUAAUAUAUAUAAAUGUAAAAAACAAAAUAUAUAAAUUAGUUUUAAACUAACGAAAGAAUACUUCCAAUUUUGAACUCAAGUAUAAAGCAAAAUACAAACUGUUGGCAGUUAAUGAAGACGCGUGUGUUUUAAAACGUAUCUAUGAACAUUGUUCAGCAUAAGCCUAAAACAAUAACUUUUUUAAAUUUAAAUUACACAGACACAGACACACAAAAACACACACACCAAACAGUUGCCUAAAGUAAAAAACAAAAAUAAAACAAACGAAAACAAAAUGAAAUGAAUUAAAUAAUGAAUUAAAACUUGCGCAAAAUUUGCCAACCAGCAAAGAACUUUAAAUACAUAAUAUUAGCCGCAAACAAUAAGAGAAUAUAUACAACAAAUUCUAAAUGACCAUAGUUAAGCUUAAAUUUAGUAACACUCACAUACACACACUCACACACACAUAUACACAUAAUUAUUAAAGUAAAGUAAACUGUCGUUGUAGGGGAUGAUGAGAAGUGUGCGCCAUUUUCUAACUACAAUAACAAGAGACAAAUUACUAAAAUUAACUACUUACCCAUUUUUUAUGUUUGAUAAGUUUCCUUACGAGUUUCCUUGAAUAUUUUACCUUUUUUUUGAGAGAGAGCAUUUCACGCAACUGCAAUUGAUUGUUGCCUUCGAAAAAGAAACGGAGAAGUAAUUUUAAAACUUUAAUCAUUUUUUUCUUAAACACACACAAACACAGCAGAUAAAUUAAUUUAAUAAGAAAGUGAAUUAUGAAAAUUCUACAACGCCGCGUCUUUUUGCAUGCAAAAUUUUCGACUUUUCGCCCUGGAAAUUUCCACAUUUGGUGACUUAAAACCUUUGAACCCAAUUCAAAUUGCAAAUAUAUAAAUAUAAUUAAUUUUAACGAUUUGUUUAAUUCGAUAACUGUACUGAUUUUAUAUUGUUUUAAAUUUGUAAUUUAAUUUGUAAGUUUUUAUUGUUAAUGUGUUUUUUCUAUUGUAAACUAAAACUAAACUAAAUCUAUAACCCAAUUGGCAAAUUGUUACACAAUCCGUUCAAGUUUACCGAUUUCGAUUCGAAAAAAUUGAGUGCGAAAUUUUUUACCUAAAAUCAUGUGCCGUUAUUUAGAAAACAUUUCUUUGGAAGCCCAAAUUUUCCUGCAAGACCAACCGCCCCUCCCUUUCCCUUGACCCAAUACCUCCCAAAACCCCUAAUUGUGUUAAAUAUUGUAAUUUGUAAUUUUUGUUUUAAUUUUUCGGGAAAGCAAAAACGUUUGGCAAAAUUAGUUUUUAAUUUGAAUAUUUAGUUUUGUUUGUGCGCUUAAGUUUUCAAUAGUAUGUUAUAUAUAUUAAACUAUGAAUAUUAAUUUUUAGCAAAAUAUUUUUACGACCUAACAUAAAUCACUAAUGUUAAAUACUUAAAGAACUAAUUUGUUUAGCUGUUUAAUUGGUUUAAAAUCUUUGUGUAUUGUGAAGAGGAGCGCAAGCAAAAUUAUCUUUCAUCUAACAACAAUAACAAUACAAUACCAAUAACAAUAACAAUAAUUGUAUACGUGUGUAAAUUUCAACCUUUAACAAAAGCAACACAAUACUGAAUAUACAUAAAUAAACAGAAUUAAAGUCGAGAGGAAUCAUGAAAGAAAGAAAAGAAAGCAAGGUGGACAACAAAUUGCAAACUGCGCAUGGAAACUGAGCGAAAAAAAUGAAAAACUUUACAUGAAUUGUGAUGAUGCAAAGGCAAGAUUUAAUCAUAAUUACUAAAUCUAUAUAUACAGUAAAUAUAUAUAUCUUUCUCUAUAAAUAUAUAUAUUUGAGUAUAUAAUGUAUAUGUAGGCGUAGGAGUGUAUAAUCUAACUUUACUUUUAAACAGACUGCGUACGUAUUAAAAAUUUUUAAAAUUAAUUUGUGUAAAAUGUUUUAAGUUUUGAAAAAUUGGCAAAUAAAGAAAACAAUAAAAAUUAAUAAAUCAAAAACACGAUUGUAUUGUAAAUUGAAAUAUACACACCAUUUCGACCUAUUCCAAAUUAUUCCUAUUCCAAACCUUUUCAGCAAACUAAAUCGUUUCAUGUAUAUUUCAAGAAUCGGCUUAAUCAAGCGCGCCUGUUUAUAAAGAAAGAUGAAGGACAGUGGCAGUGGAUGCAAGGAUCUGAUACCUUUGGAAUGUUUCCAAGAUUGUUUCUUCUUGAUACACAAAAUAGGGAAAACAAAGCACUCGAUUUGAUUUGCAUGAAGACAAUAUCUGUCUGUUUCAGGCAUACUUGCACACACGUUAGGAUUAACUUGCGUAGACCAUUUUUGUUUUACUUUAAAUUUAUAGUUUGUGUGUGUUUUCUUGCUCUUUUAAUUACAUAUACCUAUAACCAAUUAUACUUGAUUGAUUUGAUUUUAAACCCCUUUUAUAAACUACCAAUUGAUAUACAACAUCACAAAACAUUUGAAAGGGAAAACAUUUGAAAGGGUAUGAAAGGGAUUCAUAAACCGUGAACGUAACGUCGCCAAUUAUUACGAGAUAAAAACAAAUGGAAAUUAAAUAAUAAAAAUAAACAAUCAGAGUUCAUCGUAGAGGAAGGCCGAAUGUGAGAAAAAUGGGAGAACAACUUUUACGUCUUAAUAAACAAUUAUUGUUAACGAAGAAAAUAAAUGAAAAGAAGCAUAUUGUACUAAAAUA